AUGGCCGCUGCGGGCGCGUCUUCCAUCUCCGUCACCGUACGAGUCCGCCCUUUUACCAUCCGGGAAGCAGCCCAGGUCACGAGGAAUGACGACCAAACGCUGUUCCUCGGAGAUGGAUCGCUGGCGGCCUUGCCAACGCCAAAGGUCCACAAGGGUGCCAUCCGGCCGGUCAUCAAGGUCAUGGACGAGAAGUGCUUGAUAUUCGAUCCCCCAGAAGAUAAUGCAGUUCAACGGUUCGGGAGAUCAACGAUAGGACCCCAGGGCAAGCGAUCAAAGGACCAGACAUUCGCAUUCGACCGCGUCUUCGACGACACUGUCUCCCAAGGCGAUGUAUACGAAGCUACAACGAAACCCCUGCUGGACAGUGUGCUGGAUGGAUACAAUGCGACCGUCUUCGCAUAUGGCGCCACAGGUUGCGGAAAGACGCAUACUAUCACGGGAACGUCACAGCAGCCCGGUAUCAUCUUCCUAACUAUGCAAGAGCUGUUUGAGAAGAUUCAGGAUAUACAGGACGAAAAGGUUACCGAGAUCACGCUCUCUUACCUGGAAAUCUACAACGAGACAAUUCGCGACUUGCUCGUAGAGGGCGGAAGCAAGCAACCCUUGAUGCUGCGUGAGGAUGCGAACCAGGCUGUAUCUGUCGCUGGUCUUUCUAGCCAUCGACCACAGAGCGUCCAAGAAGUCAUGGAUAUCAUCGUUCGCGGCAACGAGUACCGAACCAUGUCUCCCACCGAAGCGAACGCUACCUCCUCCCGAUCGCACGCCGUACUUCAAAUCAACGUCUCCUCCAAGGACCGCAACGCUUCGGUCAACGAACCCCACACCAUGGCUACCCUUAGCAUCAUCGAUCUGGCAGGUAGUGAGCGAGCGAGCGCUACAAAAAACCGUGGAGAGCGUCUGACCGAAGGCGCCAACAUCAACAAAUCACUACUUGCUCUGGGAAGCUGCAUCAACGCCUUAUGCGACCCUAGAAAACGGAACCACAUCCCAUACCGUAACUCGAAACUUACAAGAUUGCUCAAGUUUUCUCUAGGUGGAAACUGUAAAACUGUCAUGAUAGUCUGUGUUAGUCCGUCGAGCGCUCACUUCGACGAGACGCAGAAUACCCUGCGAUACGCCAACCGUGCAAAGAAUAUCCAGACCAAGGUCACCAAGAAUGUAUACAAUGUCAACCGACACGUGAAAGACUACCUUGUCAAGAUCGAUGAGCAGCGACACCUGAUUGAGGAGUUGAUGAAGAAGCAGAAGGAUUUCGAAGGAAGCGCAUUUGUCAAGUUCCAGAAGCAGAGUGAAAAGAAGGACGGCAUAGUACGAGACGCAGUUGUACGCUUACGCCAGGCUUAUGCCGAUUCUGAGCCUGAACGUCGGGAGCGACUGAAUAUGUCGAAGACUCUAAAGACGGCAGAGAAGCGCAUCUCGCUUAUUUCGUCGUGGAUCGCAGCAUUCGACAACGUUAAAGACGUUCGGGAGAACGAGGACAUGCCCUCGCAAGUCACGGCCAUGAGAGACACUGCAGUCGGAAUAUCGGCGGAGCUCGAGCAAACUCGGCAGCAUUGUCACAGGCGAUUGGAGCGUACUGUCUGGACGAGCAAGAUGGACACAGCGCUGCAUGUUGGAUUGAAGGGAUUGGCGGAGGUGGAUGGAAAUGCAGAUGGUCAUGACGCCGCCAACCUGACAAGAGAGUACGAAUUGCUCAAAUCGAACGCCGACCGCGAAUUACUCACCACUUUGCUGGAUCAAGAGAGAGGUGGUGAUGCUGCCAUUGUGCAGGUGUUGAUCCAGGCGCACAUCGAGACAGUCACGAUCCUAAGCCAGAUUACCCAGAUGGACGAGGCCCAAGCGGUUGAAGCUGCGCGAAAGCUGCUUACGAAGAUUAUGAAUUCCUGUACAAAUGCGACUUCACAGGCUAUUCGACCAGACGGUGGUCUGCCAGUCACCGAGUUUUUCGAACCGAGUCAUAGAGGAACACCCAAGAGGAGGAAGCCAGUAAACAUCCAGGAGCCAUCUCAAUCGUCUCCCAUGCGACCAAUAGCGAUGCCGAGACUGUCGUUGCCAUCACUAGCGGAUGCGUCGCAUCUUACCUCUUCCCCUAUGAAGUCAUCGCCACGUCGAAAGUUGAUGGGACGAGUGAAGUCGGGCGUUCAGUUCUCACCAAUGAAGAAGAAGACACCGUCAAAGACCAAACGCGGGGUGCGCUGGAGGGAUGAUACCGAGAACGGUACCCUUGCGGAGUUCCAAAAAACACCAGAGCAUCUAGCAGGCACACCAACAAACCCUGCCAUUGGAAGGUCGCCCCCUGCGUACCCGACGACGUCCAUUCCUAUAGCAACAUACGAUGGAAGCGGUGGUUCUUCACCUAUUCCCACUCCGCCCAAAGCCUCCGUGGACUUGAAAGGCUCAUCGCGUUUCGCAGUCGGCGCGCUCUCUAAGCGUUCGGAAGGAUCUCCUACAUCUCGAAUCAACAACGCCUAUGCCUCUGAUUCCGACAACGCGUCACCACUCCGCGAAAUUGGCGACAACCCACGCACCUCAUCAUUAAGUACCGUGGAAAACGCCUCAUCAGGCCCCACACCAGGAGCAAACAGCGGCGGUGACUCAAGUUCCGAAGGAGAAAAAUGGACUGCCUCAGAUGCCCGCCGGAUCGGCCACGCAAUCAAGCGCCGCUCCUCGACCAACGGCGCAGGCUCCGUACCCGUGAAUCGCGCGCAUCGCCGUCGCAGCCCAACAGCAGCAUCAGCUGUCGGUAGUCCGCCCAACGAGAACUCGCUUCUCUCUGCGGGUGCGGCGAGAAGGAUGGUUAAAUCUAACCACUCAGAUGCUGACUGGAAGACUAGCGUACUCGGCCCGCGCGUUACCCCUAUCAUGAAGGGCGCUGUUAGACGUACGACGGUAGCGAAUGUUAAUGACGAUCGACCACGGGAAGCUUCACCCAGUCUGAAUACGAGGGCGCCUGUUAGAAUUACCAGUGGGAGUUCGUCUGUUGGCAGAGGUAGCUUGAUGCCGAAUUCUAAGAGCGUCUGGCGUUGA